CGCCCUGCGCGCCUCUCAGCCGCCCCUCGGCUCCUCCCCGGCCACGCGCCUGCCCCUACCUCCCGCGGGCUUCUGAGCCCACAGGCGGCAGGCGGAGCGCAGGGUGUGCGUCUGCAUCGCAGCCGGCCGCCGCCUCGGAGCAGUGGACACCGGUGGGCAGGAUGCAGGCGUGCGGAGGAGGCGCGGCCGGACGCCGAGCCUUCCACAGCAUCUGCCCCAACAGGAUGCUGGGGGUGCCCGGCCGGUCACUCGGCAAGCCGGGGAAGCUGGAGAGGAAGUUUGCCCCUCCUCGAAACUUCUUUCCCGGGUACACUGGCUGCAUCCCAGUGUCGGUGUACGAGGAUCCCCCAGACCCAGAGCCUGCUGAGCUGCCAGCCCUCACCACCAUAGACCUGCAGGACCUCGCUGACUGCUCCUCGCUACUCGGGACCGACGCGCCGCCUGCUGGUGACCCGACCGCGUCUCAGAACCAUUCCCUCCAAACGGAGGCCGCCUUUGAUCUGCAGGAUUUCAGAGACACGGUGGAUGAUCUCAUUGCAGACUCGGCCUCUUUGAUGUCACCUCCCCUUGCCAGCGGAGACUUCCCCUUCUCUCCCUGCGAUGUACCGCCGUUCGGGCCCUGUCUGUCUCCUUCGCUGGACCCACAGGCCUUGCAGUCACCGCCGCUACGCCCUCCAGAAGUGCCCCGGCCUGAGCAAUACUGGAAGGAAGUGGCGGACCAGAACCAGAGGGCGUUGGGGGACGCGCUUGUUGAGAAUAACCAACUGCACGUAACGCUAACCCAGAAACAAGAAGAGAUCGCCUCGCUCAAGGAGCGGAACGUGCAGCUGAAGGAACUGGCCAGCCGGACCCGGCACCUAGCCUCCGUGCUGGAUAAGCUGAUGAUAACACAGUCCCGGGAUUGUGGGGCGGCGACCGAGCCCUUCGUGCUCAAGGCGACAGCCAAAAGGAGCCUGGAGGAGCUGUUCAGCUCUGCAGGGCAGGAUUGCGCGGAAGUGGACGCCAUACUGAGGGAGAUUUCCGAGCGCUGCGACCAAGCCCUGCAGAGUCGCGAUCCCAAGCGGCCACGGCUGCAGUCAGAGUCCACCAACACUGACAGCAGGCCCGGGAAUAUGCACGGCGCAUUCCGGGGGCUGCACACCGACUGCAGCCCUAGCGCAUUGAACCUGAGCCACAGCGAGCUGGAGGAGGGUGGCUCCUUCAGCACCCCCAUCCGCAGCCACAGCACCAUCCGCACCCUCGCCUUCCCCCAAGGCAAAGCCUUCACCAUCCGCACAGCCAACGGCGGUUACAAAUUCCGAUGGGUGCCCAGCUGAGCUGAAAUGUGGCCCUUCAAAACACUGCCCUGUAUUUCAACUGAAGUGCCUGGAGGCU